AUGUCUCAUUUUUACAACCAUCAUGAUGAUGGUUACUAUGGCCAAUACAAUACUGGAGGAGGACUAUCACCUCCUCCCGUACCACCUCCACAUCAACCCUACUAUGACAAUAACAACAAUUACCCCAUGUAUGAUAUGUCUACACAACAACAACAACACUACACUUCGCCUACUCCAGCAACAGACGAUGUGUAUGGGCUUGCUGCCAAAUCAUCAGCAAAACAACAUGGCGAAUACCAAAACCUAGGUGACGAAGGUGCUGGUGCUGCUCCUAUUAUAUAUACCGAGAAAGGGAAAAAGCGAUCAUGUCUCGAUAAGCUUUGUUGUGGAUGCUGUACUUGUUAUCCUCGAUGGGCACGCUGGCUCUUUUGCAUCAUUUUACUUCUCAUCAUCAUUCUUGCAAUCAUCAUUGGCGUGCUGGCCGCGUUAUUCAAGGUACCCGAAGUUAAAUUCAACGGCUUAAAAGGCGAGCCCAAGUUUUCAUUGAAUGGCACCACUGCCACGUUUGAGUUUAACUUGGAUAUCAGUAUCAACAACCCCAACAUUGAAAGCAUCACGUUUGAAAACGUGAAAGCCACGGCUUAUUAUCCUGGACACAGCGACGCCAUUGGAGGUGGUACAUUGGAUGAUGUCCAUAUCAACAAUAAUGCAGUGACCGAAAUCAUCUUUCCAUUUCAUAUCAAAGUGGACGCGAUGGACCAUAAUACACAAGCGAUUCUUUUUGAUAUUAUGGGCAAAUGCGGCCUUACUGGAAACGAUGCAUCGGGGAUCACGAUUAAUUACGAUAUUGUCCCCACACUUGAUAUUAUCGGCAUCAAGAUCUCACCCACUAUUUCAAACCAAGCAACAUUACCGUGCGACGAUGCUAAAAUCCCAGACUUGUCAUCCAUCACCAGCCUUACAAGCCUUAUCCCAUCCGAUAUUAUAGAUAAUCUUCCCACAGAUGCCAUUCCAAGUGAUAUUGCUCAACAAACAUCCUUGCUGGAUGGUUUACUCCCAACAGGAGGUGCAUAA